UUUUGUUGACUCGUAGGAAAUCCGAGGCAGACGCUCCCAGCUUGAAGAGAAGUGGCAACAAAAGGCAAAAGUCGCAAGAAAAGUACAUAGUUUGCGGUUAGAUUCCCAACCUUUCAUGUGAGUGCUGUUUUGAGUUGUCGCCAUCUUUUGAGGCAGAUCCUUCCGUGACCUCUGUUGUUCUUUUUCAUGGGAAUUCUUUCUCUACCUUUCGGAAUUUCACCCAAGGCAACGGUGGGGUCAAGAUGCCCACCAACUUCACCGUGGUGCCGGUGAACGAUGACGAGGACGACGGCAACAAAGCGGCCGCAACUGCAGGUGACAAACCUGUGAGCCUCAACAAUAUUUUUCGGGAUGAAGAUAAAGAUGAUAACUCGGAUGGAUCCCAGUCAGGGGAUGACAUUCAAAGGGAGUCACGCCCAUUCAUCAACUCGGCCCGUGAGGUGGAACAGUAUGAUGGCAAAAACAUGGCCUUGUUUGAGAAAUGGACAGCAACCCAAUGGUGUCAUCUCUCCUAAACAAGCUCGCCAACUACACCAACCUCACCCAAGGUGUUCGGGAACACGAGGAGGCCGAAGAUGGGGUUAGAAGGGUCGCCAUCAUGGUACCCCAAAUGGGAACGUUCAUCGGGGUGUACCUGCCCUGCCUGCAGAACAUUCUGGGUGUGAUCCUUUUCCUGCGUCUCACCUGGAUUGUCGGAACGGCGGGAAUCCUCGGAUCCUUCGCCAUUGUGUCCAUGUGCUGCAUUUGCACGUUGCUCACAGCCAUAUCCAUGAGUGCCAUCGCAACAAAUGGAGUUGUCCCAGCGGGCGGCUCCUACUACAUGAUCUCCAGAUCACUGGGACCCGAGUUUGGCGGAGCGGUCGGUCUCUGUUUCUACCUGGGGACCACCUUUGCCGGAUCCUUGUACAUACUCGGCACCAUCGAGAUUCUGCUGACCUACAUUGUGCCGACAGCAACGGUGUUUGAGGCCAAAAAUAUCGAGGAGGAAGGAACGGCCGCCCUCAACGAUAUGCGUGUCUACGGAACUUGUUGUCUGCUUCUGAUGGCGCUUAUUGUGUUUGUCGGGGUAAAGUAUGUGAAUAAACUGGCUCUGGUGUUUUUGGCCUGUGUCAUGCUCUCCAUCAUGGCCACCUAUGCAGGAGUCAUCAAGACUGCCAUUGAACCGCCAGAGUUUACUGUGUGUCUUCUGGGGAACCGUUCUCUGAAGAAUGACAAGUUUGAAGUGUGUGCCAAGACCGAGAUGCUGAACAACCAGACUGUGACCACCGAUCUCUGGAAACUUUUCUGUAACGGCGAACAUCUCAACGCCACCUGCGAUGACUAUUUCAGUCUCAAUAACGUUACGGAGCUCCCGGCUAUUCCCGGGCUGUUGAGCGGAGUACUGAGAGACAACUUAUGGGGUGACUAUGGUCCAGCUCAUACGGUCAUCGAGAAGAAAAACCAGGAAUCGGUAGCGGCUCAGGACAGUUCCGGCGAUGUCUAUAAACCCUACGUCUUCAAUGACAUGGCCACCUAUUUCACGCUGCUGGUGGGAAUCUACUUCCCCUCAGUUACAGGGAUCAUGGCUGGCUCUAAUCGAUCCGGCGAUCUAAGAGAUGCCCAGAGGUCCAUCCCCGUUGGGACCAUCAUGGCUAUUCUCACCACUUCUUUCUUCUACAUCUCAUGUGUGCUAUUGUUUGGAGCAUGUAUCGAGGGAGUGGUGCUGAGGGACAAGUUUGGGGACUCGGUCAAGAAAAACCCAGUGAUUGGAAUCCUGGCCUGGCCGUCGCCUUGGGUUAUUGUCAUCGGAUCGUUCUUUUCCUGUUGUGGGGCGGGGCUUCAAAGCCUGACCGGGGCCCCCAGGCUUCUUCAGGCCAUCGCUCGCGAUGGCAUCAUCCCAUUCUCACAGGUUUUCGGUCAUGGCAAAGCCAAUGGGGAGCCCACUUGGGCUCUGUUGCUGACAGUCGCGAUCUGUGAAAUCGGAAUUCUCAUUGCCUCUUUGGAUGCCGUGGCUCCCAUUCUCUCAAUGUUUUUUCUUAUGUGCUAUCUGUUUGUAAACCUGGCCUGUGCGGUGCAGACUUUGCUCCGAACCCCCAACUGGAGACCCCGCUUCAAAUUCUAUCACUGGACUUUGUCUUUCUUGGGGAUGAGUCUUUGUUUGUCUCUCAUGUUUAUCUCCUCCUGGUACUACGCCCUGGUUGCCAUGGUGAUAGCAGGUUGCAUCUACAAGUACAUCGAAUAUAGAGGGGCAGAGAAGGAGUGGGGAGACGGCCUUCGAGGUUUGUCUUUAAAUGCAGCACGAUACGCUCUAACCCAUCUUGAGGAAACUCCACUACACACCAAAAACUGGAGGCCGCAGCUAUUAGUGUUGUGCAAGCUGGACUCAUGCCUGGCGGUGAAACAUCCGCGCCUCCUGUCUUUCACGACACAGCUCAAAGCGGGCAAAGGCUUGACCAUCGUCUGUUCCGUACUGGAGGGAACCUACAUGACGCGAGGGGCUGAUGCCAAGACCGGAGAGCAGAACCUGAAAGCCGCCAUGACGGCGGAACGGACCAAGGGUUUCUCCCACGUGGUCGUGUCUUCCAAUUUGCGCGAUGGUUUCUCCCUGCUCAUCCAGUCAGCGGGACUGGGCGGGAUGAAGCACAAUGCCGUUUUGAUGGCUUGGCCGGCAGGCUGGAAACAGGCUCGAGACUCCUCCUCCAGGAGAAACUUUAUAGAGACUGUGAGAGAGACAACGGAGGCCCAUCAGGCUCUGCUUGUUGCCAAGAACAUCGACCGCUUUCCGGGGAACCAGGAGCGGCUGAAGGAAGGUACAAUCGAUGUCUGGUGGAUUGUCCACGACGGCGGCCUGCUCAUGCUGCUCCCGUUUUUGAUCAGCCAACACAAGGUAUGGAGGAAGUGUAAAAUGCGCAUCUUCACGGUGGCGCAGAUGGAUGACAAUUCAAUCCAGAUGAAGAAAGAUCUCCAGAUGUUCCUGUACCAUUUACGUCUGGACGCGGUGGUGGAGGUGGUCGAGAUGCACGACAGCGACAUCUCGGCUUUCACCUAUGAGAAGACGCUGGUGAUGGAGCAGAGAUCUCAAAUGCUCAAACAAAUGCAGUUAUCCCGCACAGAACGGGAGAGAGAGGCUCAACUAAUCCAUGAUCGUAAUACAGCGUCUCAUUCCACAAAAGAAGCCAAAGCGUCAGCCGACAAACCCGAUCGCGUCCACAUGACCUGGACCAAAGACAAACUCAUUAAUGAGAGAAAUAAACACCGCGAAGGAAUGGGUGUCAAAGACAUGUUUAACAUGAAACCUGAGUGGGAGAAUCUCAACCAGUCCAACGUGAGAAGGAUGCACACGGCUGUAAAACUGAAUGAGGUGGUGGCGAAGAAAUCGCAGGAUUCACAGCUGGUAUUGCUUAACAUGCCAGGCCCGCCAAAGAACAAAAAAGGGGAUGAAAACUAUAUGGAAUUUCUGGAAGUGCUCAUGGAAGGACUGGAUCGCGUCUUAUUGGUUCGCGGAGGUGGCCGGGAGGUCAUCACCAUCUACUCCUAAUGCCAAGCGGUUCUGAACUGGAAGGAGCACCGUGGAGGACAGUGACAAGUUUGGGGACAAACAAGUCCACGGGUUCAAUGUUGAACAUGGACAUCGCGAGUCUCAUCCGUGUCAGAGACUGUGGAAAUGAGAAAAUCGGACUAAGUCAGGUCAGUGCAUCACCUCAAGGCCCCAUUCUGCAGAUGUUGUUGAACCAGCGAGACUGUGAACCGGGGGGGUGCCCAAGCCAACCGACCUUCCGCGAUCGACCCAUGACCACACUUGCACGCCGAACCACGGGCGCACGCCACGCAUGCACUGAUGAGCGACGGCCACAACAGCCCCCGAACCCGAGCGAAACAGAAAAAUCAAGGAGAUACAAGAGUGGGUGAAAAGGAAAUCGCUGCCUACCCUGUCCCCCCCCACACACACACACACACCUCUCGCGAUCGACUGGUUGGGCACCCAUGCUGUAAACUAUAAGAUUACAAAUUCAAACUUCAAUUCACAGAAUUUCAGAUUUUUACAUGUCACUUGUUGUCUAUUUGAUGAGUUAUUUUGUUGCCAACAAGGAAUCAACAUGGCGAAAUCCUUUCUUGAAAGUACCGAUUGCGCAAUCUUGGGAUGUGUGGUUUUGAGUCAUGUCACUGUCCUGAAAGGUAAAGAUGAGGUUUGAGGAAAACGACAGCAUUAAAGGUUGCUCACAUGUUUUCAAACCCUUUUCCAACCGCAGUAAAUUUUGCGCGUUUACAUGUCAUCAAAAGUAGCAUAAUGGCCAAACUCUUCUUUUGCCUUCGAGAGGCAUUUUUGUAACAUCUGCAUUGGCCGACGGCGAUGUAUUUCCUGCAAAAAUCUGACCUUGACAACGAAAUGAGUGCCGAACUUCUGUUGGUAGUGAGAAAGAUUUUUUUUUUUAAGUAGAAAUUUAUGUCUUGUCCGUCAUGCAACUUUGGAAGUUGUGAUUUUAUUUUGAGCGUUUGACAUGAACGGAUUUUGAAUGGCCACGCAAUUUGAGCGACUUGCGUACGCUCCCAUUUAUCGUCUUGUGGAUUCAUCAAGUGUGCCAAUCAGAAUUAGUCAAAUGUUAGUCUAUAAUGUUUGAAAAUAGCUUUUUUUUUAAGUAUUUAUUUGUACAACUUGUCCUCAGAAUGCCGCUUGUCUCGAGCGCUUACAAAUGGCUUGGAUGCAGAGAAGCAAAAAUGUUCAUUGCUUUGACAUUGUCCUCAUGCCUUUUACUGCCAUUUGCUUUUCAACCAACAACAACAAGGCUUAAAUCACGUAUCCUACUGCAAAUGGCAAUCAAUUGAAUAUUCUGGUUGAAAGUGUUUCAAUAUGUGCAUAAAAGUCUUUCUGUUGAGGACAAAUUAACAAUAAAUGGAAAGCUUAAAUCAUGAACCCCCUGAGGACUGGA